UAGAGCCGGUCCUGCAGUGUAGCGCUGGUCCUGCAGUGUAACGCCGGUCCUGCAGUGUAGCGCCGGUCCUGCAGUGUAACGCCGGUCCUGCAGUGUAGCGACGGUCCUACAGUGUAGCGCCGGUCCUGCAGUGUAGCGCCGGUCCUGCAGUGUAGCGCUGGUCCUGCGGUGUAGCGCCGGUCCUGCAGUGUAGCGCUGGUCCUGCAGUGUAACGCCGGUCCUGCAGUGUAGCGCCGGUCCUGCAGUGUAGCGCCGGUCCUGCAGUGUAGCGCCGGUCCUGCAGUGUAGCGCCGGUCCUGCAGUGUAGCGCCGGUCCUGCAGUGUAGCACCGGUCCUGCAGUGUAGCGCCGGUCCUGCAGUGUAGCGCCGGUCCUGCAGUGUAGCGCCGGUCCUGCAGUGUAGCGCCGGUCCUGCAGUGUAGGGCCAUACCCAGGAAUUAGGCAGCAAUUGCAAGCUGCAUCAUCAGAGUGGUCAGUCACUGGCCUUUGGGGAUGUCGCAGUCUUCAAAAGGUGAAAUCAUGAACAAUGGGGUGGGUGCGGCGUGUGGUGGUGUGGUUGGCUUGGUGUGCUGCUGUUACUGCUACUAUCAACCUACUCCUAGUGGCAAGAGCUCCACCAGUAUCAUCCCCGCUCCAUCACCACCGCCGCAUCCAGGCUCCCUCUCUACCACCAAGCUAUGACCUGACAGGAAACAAGGUCUACCUCCAGGGAGAAGUUUAUGCCAUCAGGGACAGUGAAUACCACAGAAGGAACCAACGUAAUCGGUCAGGGCUACAGAUGCUUCACUCUCUCUACACACACCUUCCUGCUGUCAAAGCACGAUAUACAUCGGUGUCUCCAUAUCUGCGAGAUAUUGUUGAUAACUUGAUGAAAGACAUCAUAAAGAGAAGAGUUACAGAUGAUCCCUGGGAUUUAGCACAUAAGUGGGCGAGUCCAAGAUCCCUGGUUCCAAAUUCCGCUCGCGGCUUGGGAGACGUGCUGGCUGCCCUCUCUACUGCACCCAUCAUAGCUGCUGAUGUAGGCUACAAAGGCACACAACUUAAGGUUGCUGUCAUGCUUAAAGGUGGCCAGAGAGCUGUGUUUAAGCCAAAAUGGUAUCCUCGUGAGGAGGUCAUAGAAGGUGAAGUAUAUGCAGGUGCUGACCGCCACAAUGGAGAAAUUGCUGCUUUUCACUUAAGUCGUCUUCUAGAUUUGCCAAUGGUACCCAUGGCAGUUGGGAGAAAAGUCUCCUUGAAGCAGCAAAUUUUACCUGUGGCAACAAGAAAACUUUCUGCGACAUUCUUUUCAAGGAGAGGGGGACAACAUUGUUUUUAUGGAGUUUGCCACUACUGCCGUAAGGACUCCUCAGUGUGUGAUAAUGGUCGCACCCUAGAGGGCACCAUCAUCCUUUGGUUGCCUCCCAAGCGUCUUCCACUCAUGCACCAACCACACCCUUGGGCACGCACAUACAAGCGCACAAAGUUGGCUAAGUGGGAAGAAAAUGACAAUUUCUGCGAACUUGUGCUACAUCACCCUCACUUCAACAGUGAUAAAUCUCCAAGACUCUUGGACCUCAUGGAUACUGCUGUGUUUGACUUCCUCAUCCAGAAUGGGGACAGGCAUCACUACACUGUAGUGUCAGGAGAAUUUAGCUCUUCAAUUGUUCUUCUUGACAAUGGAAAAAGCUUUGGUGAUGCUUAUAUUGACCACAUGGACAUUUUGGCACCUUUACUACAAUGCUGCAGAUUACGACAGUCAACAUAUGAGCGACUGGUCCUCCUAAGUGGUGGUGGAUUGUCACAGGCAUUAAAAGAACUGUUGGCUCAAGAUCCCAUUUCGCCUAUUCUUACCAAGCCCCAUCUUUAUGCAUUGGAUCGUCGAGUUCUUCACAUCUUGGCAGCCCUGAGCAUGUGCAGGGAGCGGAAAGGUGGUUGGCAUAAUGUUUUGUUUUAGUUGUAUUUUACAUUCACAAGGUAGAAGUAAGAUGCAGUGACAUUCACAUCACUGCAGAUUGUUAAUGGUGCUUAUUUCUAAUAUAAAAAUUGCUAUGCUUUGAAGGUGCUCAUUAUGCAAUUUGUUAUGGUGCUUUUAUGUGAUAGAUAGCCAAUUCUUCAUUACAAAUUCAUUUACAUUACCUCAGUUACGCAUUUAACUUAUAAUUGUAACAUAUUUGACCCCUAUAUAUUAUGUGUGAUUGUAACUUGAUUAAGAAGUUGUGUGAACUCGUGAACUCUUUUGGCAUCUGCAUCUGAAGACAACGGCACAAAAUGGUGUCGGCAACAAUGUUCACUCAGGGUAAAGUUACUUAGGCUUCAUUAGUAAUAUAUGUAGCUGCAUUUUCAAUGGUGGUAGAGACAAGUAUUUUAAUAUAAGAUAACUUGUUUUAGAUUGUUCAGUUAUCAAACAUUUCAGCUAAUGGACUAAUGGUAAAAAACAGUUUGCUCAGAGGGGACGUAACUACUAAAAAUAUAGUACGUAUGUGAAUACUCUCAGGUAGUUUGUACUUGUCUGUGAGCUAAUAUGGUUUUGCUACCCUGCCCAAGGCCAGGUUUCCAGGGUGUUAUUUGAUGGCCAAUCCACACACUAGAAAAUGAAGGGACGACGACAUUUCGGUCCGUCCUGGACCUUUCUCAAGUGGAUUGCUUCCUGGGUGUUAACCUGUUUACUUAAAUGUUAGCAUCGCACAGGCUAACUUGGCCAUCACAACCCAGUCUAUAAUGCACUUCCUCCUGUAGAUGCUCAUCUGGUUCCUUUUCACGAAUUGUUGUACCUUUGUUCUGGCACUAAUUCUGAUACCUGUACUGUACUUGCUGGUUGGAGGCUGAAUAGUAAUGAGUACUGAUAAUACAAUGUUCACAAAGUCAUCUUCAUGCUCUUCUCAUUAUUUUAUUUUGCACCUUCUACCAGCAAGUUAUUGUUUUAGUGUCAUAGUUUAUAGAGAAGGUAAUGUGUUAAGGACUGGAAGGUUGUAAGCUUAUUAAAUGCAAGCAAAAUUUUAUGGUAAUAAUUGAGAGGUUGAAGGUUUUCAACCCUCUCCGACUCACCUGAAUAUACUCGCCUAGCUGUACUUACAGGAGAAUGAACAUCUCUAGGUUGUGCCUCUCAGCUAAGGUAAUAUACAGCAGAAAAAGAACUUACUGUGCUCUGAAUGCUGGUGAUUUGUGUUUUAGCUCAAUUUGUAUUAUGAGAUUUGAUCUUGUGUGUGGAUAUAUGAAAGUUUAUACAAGAAUAGGUCUUGUUCUGCAGUUUUAUAUAUUGCUACACUGACCACACACAAGUGACUCGGGCAAAGCCAACUGCUGUACAUAUAAUGUAGAUAUGUUGUUAUUAUUAUUAUUGUUAUUACAUUCGAGAGAAUAUUUUGCCAGAUACUAUAUAGUAAUUAAGGUGAAGUACAGUAAAAGGGAAAAAUAUAUGUAUACUGUAGAUAAAAAUAUUUGAAGAGUUCUAUACUAUCACUCCAGUUCACUGUGAAGAAAAUAACCAAAUAAUUUUCCAUUUAGACACCAGAGGUCAUGUUUUCUGGUCCAGGUACUAUUUUGUUAUAAUCAUGAUGUUUACAUUUAAGUCUGUUCUAUAAUUUGUUAUAAUUUUUGAACUUAUUACAAUCUUGAAAAACAAAUAAGCAGUCAACAAAGUUAUUUUAAUACACAGCAGUAUCUCUGACUUUAAUAAGGAUAUUUAAUUAUGCUCCAGGAUGUGAAGACCCCUAGUUGGUAGCACACUUACUUUGCAAGCAAGAGCACCUGGGGAUUAAAUCCUGAGCAGGGUGUAAAAAUUGGAUGUCGUUCCUGGGCUCCAUUGACAAUGCACCCAGCAGUAAAUGGGGAAUCUGUCUGUACAAUAAUGGAAUUUUCUUGUAUUGCCAAAAAACCUUUUGAUAAUUUAAAAAAAAAAAAGGCUGAUUAGCAGGUUGGAAAAGCAGGUUCUGGUAACUGAGAAGAUACUGGACUGGCUUAGAGAGCAUCUGAUAAACAGGAAAUGGAGAAUUGUAGUAAGAGAAGUGUCAGGGUAAAGAAAUAAGGGUAAACGGGGUCCUGUAGGGAUUAGAACUUGGAGGGCUAAUGUGCCUAAUUUAUGCAAAUGAUCUCUCAGAGGAGGUAAGGUCAUACAUGACAGUGUUUGUAAAGGAAGCAAAAGGGGCAGAAAGGAAUGGGUGGACCAUUUGCUACUAGUUUAGUUGGAAUAAAAAGGCUGGCUGGAAUCUACUCACCCUCCAUGAUACUCUUUCCAACCUAUCUGAUCUGCCUCUCCUUUGAGCCCCCCUUUUUCAUGAUGCCUUGUUUGGCACCAUCCUCUUUUUCCCCUUUCUGCCUUCCAAGCCUCACGGAAUUCCAUUUCCUAGUGGAAUUUGGACUGUGCUCGGCCUGUUCGCUGUAAGUGUGCAUGCUGGAAAAAGACUGGUGCUGACAAACACCCGAUUCUUCUAUUUUGUUUCAGGAGCAAGUGUGGUGGCCUGUAGGGGCAUCCAUACAGCUAAGCAUGAGAU